UGCAGGAGCCAGUCAGGACGAUCUAUGAGGCAUCAACAUCCCCAACACUGUAUCGGCAGAGCAUGUUGCGAGCUUUACCUCCGCGACAGCAACCACCGGGACUUGUCGCUCGACUCCUCAUCGAUUGUUGUUUUACCAGGGACAUCGUAGACAUCGCUGAGGCGUUUUGCGAAAUUGAAACCCCGUUAGCCAAGUGUACGCGACGUGUGCGAGUGCAGUCUAUCAUCCGUACGAUGAGUGUUACGCUGCUCUCUGGAGAAGAAUCGCACACUCGAGUAUAUUGACCAAUUGUCUAACACGAUGUAUUUGAGCGACUUCAAGACACACCACUUUGAAGCUUUCCAAUGGGCAA